CAGUCUUUCGGUCUUAAAUUUUUUUUCAAAAUUUCGGAAAAAAGGAAACCAAAACGAUAGUUUUGUCCUAAUUAGAAAACUUCAAAAUUAUACAAAAUUUGGCCAAGGUAAAACUUCGACUGCUUGAUGGAUCUAUCGAAGGCCGAACGGCAAACUCCCCAAGAGAACAAUAGGCAAAGCAGUGCCGAUUACUUGAAAGAGCUUAUUCAGGACUUUCUGUUCUUCUUGGUCCUCAUCUUUGUGGCCGUGCUCAUCGGUUGGGGCAUAUUCCUUGUGCUAGACGAUGGCAACGAGUGGAAACGUGUGCCGCAUAACCGCAACGGCUCGAAGAUUUCGCUUCAGGAGCCGACGACGGUAGCAAUGCGUCCCUGCCAACGCGCUCGACAUUGGAUUCAGCUGUACCUCAUUCGCCAUAAGACGCAGGAACAGGAUAAGGCACAGCAAUACCUGCCCACAGAGGCGGCAGAGCAUCCAUAUACACCAGAGCCGGUACAGCAGUAUUACGAUCCGGAAAUAAAAACGCAAGUGCCACAAGUAGAAGAGCGUUUGAAAAUUCGAGAAGAUUCUGCCAAUCAAGUGGACUCGCCAUCGAGCAGAGUAUUGGAUUUAUUUAGACGAUAUUUACGCAGUCGAUAACUGAAGACUAAGUGUUAGACUACAAACCAAGAAUGUCUAAUCACCAGCUCUUUUAUUUGAUUUAUUCCAGAGUGAGCGAAGGCCACUUCUGGGCACUCGAAUAAAUAGUACAAUUCUUUGAACACACCGAGCAACAAAGCUGGUGUAAUAAUAAAUUAUUUAAAUAUUGAAA